CCUUUGUCGUGAGAGAAAAGGAGAGAACGCAAUUCUUUAAUAGAAAGUUUUGUAUAACUAAACCAGCUGAAGAGACGAAAGUCGUCUAGGUGUAGUCUUACAAUGCCAAAGGAUAGGGUUCAUAUUAACCUUGUGAUCAUUGGUCAUGUGGAUAGUGGAAAAUCCACUACCACUGGUCACCUCGUUUAUAAAUGUGGCGGAGUAGACCCCAGGACUAUCGAGAAGUUCGAGAAGACUGCAAGCCAGAUGGGAAAGGGCUCGUUUAAAUACGCCUGGAUUCUGGAUAAACUGAAGGCGGAGAGAGAGAGAGGCAUCACCAUCGACAUCUCGUUAAUGAAGUUCAAUACUCACAAAUUCUACAUUACCAUCAUCGACGCACCGGGACAUCGCGAUUUCAUCAAAAACAUGAUCACCGGAACAUCGCAGGCUGAUGCUGCGCUCCUAGUGGUCUCUGCGGCCAGAGGCGAAUUUGAGGCUGGUAUUUCCAGGAAUGGCCAGACAAGGGAACAUGCUUUGCUGGCUUACACGCUGGGUGUUAAGCAGCUCAUUGUCUGCGUCAACAAAAUGGAUGUGACGGAGCCCCCUUACAGCCAGAAGCGCUUCGAUGAGGUGGUUCGCAAUGUGACCAUCUACGUGAAGAAAAUAGGCUAUAACCCUACAGCAGUGCCCUUCGUGCCAGUUUCUGGAUGGGCUGGAGAGAACAUGCUGACUCCCUCCAAUAAGAUGCCUUGGUUUAAAGGGUGGAAAAUUAAACGGAAGGAAGGCAAUGCAAAUGGCAAAACCUUACUUGAAGUCCUGGACUCGAUUCUGCCCCCAGUGCGCACAGUCAACAAACCCCUGAGGUUGCCCUUACAGGAUGUUUAUAAGAUAGGAGGUAUUGGUACUGUACCAGUAGGAAGAAUUGAGACGGGGAUAUUGAAGCCAGGGAUGAUGGUGACCUUCUCGCCUGCGAGACUUACUGCAGAGGUUAAGUCGAUAGAAAUGCAUCACCAAGGCCUCCAGACUGCUCUCCCUGGGCACAAUAUAGGCUUCAACAUCAAGAAUGUUUCGGUGAAAAAUCUGCGGCGUGGGGACGUGGCGGGGAAUGCUCAGCAUGACCCUCCCUCUGAUGUCUCCAGCUUUGUUGCACAGGUUAUCAUUUUGAACCAUCCUGGCAAGAUCAAAGCAGGCUACUCUCCAGUUGUCGACUGCCACACAGCCCACAUCAGCUGCAAGUUUGCGGAGCUGAGGGAGAAGCUUGACCGGAGGUCUGGGCAGAAACUCGAAGAUGACCCUCAGGUCCUGGUAUCUGGAGAUGCCGCUACUGUCAACCUGGUACCAAACAAGCCAAUGUGUGUUGAGAGCUUCUUCAAUUAUCCUCCUUUAGGUCGUUUUGCUGCCAGGGACCUGAGGCAGACCAUUGCAGUUGGGGUCAUCAAAUCGGUAGAGAAGGUCAAUGGGAACCCAAAGAAAUCUGUCCAGAAAACCCAAUCCCUUAAAUAACUUUGUUUUUGACCGUGCUGGAUAGAAAUGUUUCGGAGCUUGUGAAUGAAAGUCUGACCUGAGUUCUUGGUUCUAGACCAUGGGGGUUUUGUGAAUCUGUUAACAUAAGCACUUUAAGUUUGCAGUACAGGAAGCUGUUUAUUUUCAAUUUCAUUUUGUGGCUUUGAUUAUAGGGAAUUUGUUCCAAAUGUGGUUUGAGCUCUGUUCAGUAAAUAAAAUUCUCACUGGA